CUGAAUUGAGGUGUAGCUUAUACGAGCUAGGGUUCAGAGCUCAGUGAAUCCACUGGAAAUCAAUCCAUGGAAAUGAGCAAUCACAAUUCGAAACGCAAACGAGACGCCGACGACUACGACGAAGAUGACAACCGGCCGGCGCCUCCGGGCGUCUCGAACGGUGAAAUUGACCUCUCACUCCUCGAAGCUCUUGAAAAAUCACAGCAAAACGCCGUCGAAGCUCUCGACCUGAAGACGGUAAAAAAGCUUGUGCUGUCCUUCGAGCGCCGCCUCAAGGAGAAUAUUGCCGCCAGGCUGAAGUAUCCGGACCAGCCGGAGAAGUUCGCAGACUCGGAAGUGGAGCUCCACGACGAGAUCCAGAAACUGAAGGUUCUCGCCGGCGGACCCGAAUUCUAUCCGGAGUUAGUGAACCUUGGCACCGUUGCCUCCAUUACCAGCUUGCUCAAUCAUGACAACACCGAUAUAGCUAUAGAUGUUGUUGCGCUUCUUCAGGACCUCACAGACGAGGAUGUUCUCGAGGACAAUGACGAGCCUGCUCAAGUCCUCGUCGACGCUCUCAUUGAGAAUAAUGCUCUUGAGCUACUAGUUCAGAACCUCAGCAGAUUAUCCGACGCCGAUCCUGAUGAGUCAGCAGCGAUAUACAACACUUUAGCCACCAUUGAGAAUUUCAUUGAAGUGAAACCGUCAGUCUCCGAGCUCGUGUGUGAGAGGACCAAGAUUAUGAAGUGGUUAUUGGGAAGACUCAAGGUGAAAGAGUUCGAUAGCAACAAGCAAUACGCUUCUGAGAUUUUGGCCAUUUUGUUGCAGAAUAGCAUUGCCAAUCAGAAGAGGUUGGGGCAAAUGAAUGGAGUGGAUGCGAUAUUACAGGCGGUGGCAGCUUACAAAUCAAAGGACCCCAAGACUUCCGACGAGGAGGAGUUGGUUGAGAACUUGUUUGACUCUUUGUGCUGUUUGUUGAUGCCAUUGGAGAACAAAGAAAGAUUUGUGAAGUCUGAAGGAGUAGAGCUGAUGAUUAUUAUCAUGAAUCAGAAGAAACUGUGUUACGGGUCUGCAAUAAGGGCUUUGGACUUUGCAAUGACUAAUUAUCCCCCAGCCUGUGAGAGGUUUGUGGACGUAAUGGGGCUAAAGACUGCAUUUCCUGCUUUCAUGGGUAAGAUUCCUUUGAGCAAAAAGAACAAGAAGCGGUACAAGGAAGAAUUGGAAGAGCGCCUUGUAUCACUAGUUGCGUCGUUAUUUGGUGGAAUUUUGAGAGGAUCUAGAAGGGAUAGAUUGUUGAGUAAAUUUGUGGAGAAUGAGUGUGAGAAGAUAGACAGGCUUAUGGAGCUAUACAUCAGAUAUUCAGAUAGAGUGAAAAAAGAAGCUGCAGAAUUUGACCAGCUUGAACUUGAUGAUUUGGAGAUGGAUGAAGAUGAGAAGUACAACAGAAAGCUAGAAGUUGGUCUCUAUACCCUUCAGUUGAUUGCUGUCAUCCUUGGUCAUCUUUGGACUUCUGAGCAUCCUCGGAUCAGAGCAAGGAUCGAACUACUGUUAAAGCAGCUAAAGCUCACUAAGCAGGAUGUGAAGGAUAUACUCCAGGAAUAUCAUGACAACAUCGGUGAUUUUAACGGUCCUGAAGAGAAGGAGAGGACACAAUCAAAAAUCCAAAGGUUCAUCUCAGCCUUUUGAACACUCCCCUGAUAAUUGGUUCUACAACAGAUGAUCAUGAUUGAUCUAGGUAUUCUGCUUUGGAAGAUAUGCUACACUACAGCCUACGAAGAAGGCAGUCAUAUGAUUGUUGUUACUCUUGAGCCUCAUUGUAUUUGUACUGAAUGAUAGUAUAAUCUGAUUGUUCCUUGGGUAGUGACUAGUGAGAGUCAGGUGGAGCAUGUCUAUAGACGAUAGAGAUGCUAAUUUGGUCCUUUUUUUGUACGAUAAUACCCUUUUAUUGAAAAUUAGUUCAGUGAAAAUUCUCUUUGCAAAGCCCA